GCUGGUCCGCUUCGGCGGGGUCCGGACCGCAGGGCAGUUGGCGGCAGGUGGCUCUGGCUGGAGGCCUGAGGUACCGGAGGGGUCUGGGCGUGGCGUAAGCGUGGCGGACCUGGGGCAGGGCGGAGUCGAGGGUCCUGGCCCACCUUUCCUGCCUGUUCACAGAGUCCUUGCUCCAGAGUGAGGCUGCGUGGAACACAUAGUAGGCGCUCAAUACAUGCUUAAGGAAAGACCAAGCUUGUCGCCCCGCCAGCCCUGCCCGGACUGGCCCGAUUUUGAGAGCAUCCGAGGAGAAGAUGUGAGAACAACCCUACAUUUUGGUCACCACUUCCACUGAGCCAACUGUCACCUUGCAAACUGCCCUGCACCAAGCCUCAAGCUGCUGAGCAGAGCCAUGAGUGCCUGGCCCUGCGACUGGGGCCAGUAGCCCCCACAGGCUUUGGUGUGUGACUCCAUUUGUGCUUUGGCCCUGGUGACCCAGGCGGCCACCAUGACGAAGCUUCUGGUGGCCAAGGUCCUCUGCAUGGUGGGCGUGUUCUUCUUCAUGCUGCUGGGCUCUCUGCUGCCUGUGAAGGUCAUCGAGGCUGACUUCGAGAAGGCACACCGCUCGAAGAAGGUCCUCUCCCUCUGUAACACCUUUGGGGGUGGCGUCUUCCUGGCUACAUGCUUUAAUGCACUGCUGCCUGCAGUGAGGGACAAGCUGCAGCAGGUGCUGAGCCUGGGCCACAUCAGCACUGACUACCCGCUGGCGGAGACGCUCAUGAUGGUGGGUUUCUUCCUCACCGUGUUCGUGGAGCAGCUGGUGCUGACCUUCCGCCGGGAGCGACCUCCCUUUAUAGACCUGGAGACUUUCAACGCCGGCUCAGAUGCAGGCAGCGACUCGGAAUACGAGAGCCCGUUCGUGGGUGUGGGCGGCCGUAGCCAUGGCCUAUACCCAGAACCCACAGCGCACACCCAUGGCGCGGGGCUGCGGCUGCGGGAGCUGGGCCGCCCUGGGCCGCUGCGACUGCUCAGCCUAGUCUUCGCGCUGUCCGCACACUCAGUGUUCGAGGGCCUGGCGCUGGGGCUGCAGGAGGAGGGUGAGCGUGUGGUCAGUCUGUUCGUUGGCGUGGCGGUCCACGAGACACUGGUGGCCGUGGCCCUGGGCAUCAGCAUGGCCCGAAGCGCGGUACCCCUGAGGGACGCGGCCAAGUUGGCUGUGACCGUGAGCGCCAUGAUCCCUGUGGGCAUUGGGCUGGGCCUGGGCAUCGAGAGUGCCCGCAGCGUGGCCAGCAGCGUGGCAUCGGCGCUGCUGCAGGGCCUGGCUGGUGGUACCUUCCUGUUCGUCACCUUCCUGGAGAUCCUGGCUAAGGAGCUGGAGGAGAGGAGUGAGCAGCUGCUGAAGGUGCUGUUCCUGGUGCUGGGCUACGCCGUUCUGGCCGGCAUGGUCUUUCUCAAGUGGUGAGCCCUGAAUCCCCAAAGGACAACAGAGCACAUCCCUCUACAGCCACGUUCAUGGGCCACGGUUCACACACAGGGGCCUCCCAGGCUGGUCACCGUUCUCUGCCCUCCACCAGAACCUGGCCCUACAGACACUGCUUUUAAAAACGUCUUAAAGUUCUUUACCAAAGCCUGUGUGGCCAUGUCACGUCACCUCAUAUCCCAUCACCCCUCCCCUUUUUGUUGUCAUUCCUGAGCCAUCAAGAAUGGAGCCUGGGGUGGGGACUGGCAGAUGGGGAGCAGCAGUGUCCCCAGGGACCCUGCCAUGUCCUCCGUGGAGCCAAGACCCUGCCCACCACUGUCACCCUGAGUUUUUUCUGGUUGCUCCUGUGUGACGAAUGACAGUUUAUAAAAGGAACAGAACAUGUGGGUCACUGAGCAAGGGGACAGCCCAGACUGUUUGCCCAGCCCUUGGGAACAGCCCCUCUUGUUCUCUUGCUCUGUCGCAAUCACCAGAGUGGAGGGGCCUUCUCUGCAGAGGGCACAGCAGUGAGACUCCAGGGCCACAUCCCGACAGGCAGGAGCAGGGGAAACUCAGCACCUGGCAACAUUGGUGCAUGUCACCGUGGUAAUGCCAGCAUCUUGGGACAGCCUGAGUGAGGACUCUCUGGGGACAUAAGCCUGCCACAGCUCACUACCUUCCCUACCCGGGGCUGUUUAGCAGGCUUCACCUCAGCACUGCCUCUAUUAGCUGGAUGUCAGACUCCUCCCUAGUGCCCUGUCACCACGGCCAGGUAACCAAUAUGACUUGUCUAGUGUGCCCCACCCAGCUGCACUCAGAUGAUACAAGGCACAAAGAGACAGGGCCUUGGGGACAGCUGGGGCUUGGGUACUGUCCUCAGAGUCCCAAUGCCUGGGCUACCUUAGUGCUGUAAUAAACCUGGGUUCACAUACCGCUUGCAGACAUUGGGGCUCCCAGUGAGGGUCCCACUCUGCCAAUGGUUGAUGCCUCUCCUAGCAGGUUCUGGGGUUCUUUCCCUAGGAGCCACUGCUGAGCUCCAUGACAUCGAACCCCAUCCGUGCAGGUGUGGGGUCGUGCCCACGAUGCCACCUGGGCCUACUGUACUUCUACCCUCUACUUAACUAUUGGGGGGGGCAUUCAAAUGGUUCUCCAGCUUCUCUUGGCCCCAGGUGGGCCCCAUGGGGCCACCAUGCCUCUGCAGUAUGGGCAUGAGCCAGGUCCCUAGUCUGGCCACCCCAACAGGGAGUCUGCACCUCCCCCAUGAGUGCAUAAAAUGGCACUCUCUCCUUCCCAGCACCAGCUGCUCUGCCCCUAGGGACAGCAGCUUUUGGACCCUCCCCAUUCAACUUCUUGAGUCCCUGAGAGUCAUCACAAGCACCAGCCCACUGGCAAUGGGGGCCUCUGUGUUUCUUACUGAAAGUUCCAGUCUAGCUGACAGCCCCUGCCCCAGCCCCAGGAGACCCUGGGCCAUGCUAGGACUGUGCUGCUGUCAGGAAUGGACAUGGAAGAGGAGGAGGCCCCAGAUGCUGCAGGGCCCAGGCUGCCCCCCCAACACUGCCUCCUGUGGGGGACACAGCAGGGACACAGCUAGACGGGAGGAGAGAGAGGGCGGUGCGGGUGGCCCAGCUUCACCGCUGAUCUGUUUGUAAUAACAGCAUGUCAGCUUUUCCUAUGGCUUGUUUGUUUUCCUGUAACAGAAGUUAUUAGUGCAGGCGGGAUCCAGCACAGCCAGCUCCUGGCAGCUUGCCCUCAUUGCAUUACAGGGGCCUGACGAUCUUUGCCCUGUAUCCCACCUGCCCAAGCAAGCUUUUCAGCUUGGUAUUCCCCACGGGCUAGGGUAUUUUCUGUGGAGCAUCCCGGGCUCUACACACACCUUCCCCCACUAUUGUCUCUGGAGUCCACUUGCUCUGAGCCAGGAGCUCCAUGGCUGAGGACAAUUACAUUUCUCCCAGAUGUCAUCCACAGUCCUCCUGGGGAGGGUACCACCUGUAAGUCACCCCCCAAUUAUGAGAGAAAUGACAUCAGAACACCACAUCAUCAUUAGUGAGUACUCCCGCAGAAGAAAGGAAAAUCCAGGGACGCUGUGGAUGAGGGGCUCAGUGGGCAAAGGUGCUUGCCACCAAGUGUGGCAGACCUGAGUGCGAUUUCAGGGGCCCAUGUGCUGACAGAACUGACUAAUGCACUGUCCUGAUCUCCACAGGUGCUCAGUGGCACACAUGCACACACUUGUGUGUGCUCGUCCCACACCCCCAAUAUAUGUAAUAAUAGUUUUUUGAGUUUGAGGCCAGCCUGGUCUACAGAGAGGGUUCCAGGACAGCCAGGGCUACACAGAGAAACCCUGUCUCAAAAAAAUAGAACAUUUUUAAAGCUAGGCAUGGUUAUCCACUCCUUUAAUCCAUGCACUCCAGAGACAGGUGGAUUUCUGUGAGUUCCAGGCCAACCAGGGUUACAAGUGAGCCCUUUUGCAAAAUAAAUAAACAAGUGAAGAUUUAAACUA